GAUAACAGUAAAAAAAAAAAAAAAAACCGACGGCGGUCAAGUGUUGACCGGAUACAUAUCGUUAAAAAUUAAAACGAAACGUGAUUUUUAUUAAUAUUAGUUUUUUUUCCCGUCAAUCGUCAUACCUAUAAAUAUUUUCAAAUUGUGUCGACUCAUCGUCCGUCGGCAUUGAAGUAGCAUUUAAUCGUCAAUUUGUUCGACGACGUCCACGUUUCUCGGUUCACAGCCGUCGGUGUCCGUAUAUCAAGUGGUGGUUUGCCCAGUAGUUAUACUCCAACGAUCAAGAAAAUGAAGAAAAUCGCGAUUUUUGGUGCCACCGGCAUGACGGGACUGUGCACCGUUGAAGCUGCUUUGAAACUAGGUUUGGAAGUCAGGGCUCUCCUGCGGGACCCCAGUCGUAUGCCCGAAGAACUUCGUAAGCAAGUGGAAGUAGUCACUGGUGACGUUCUGGUCAAAGAAGAUGUGGACAAGGUCGUCGAGGGCAGAGAUGCGAUCGUUGUGACUUUAGGAACCAGAAACGAUCUGGCUCCUACCACAAUGAUGUCUGAUGGGUUGAGAAACAUUUUGACAGCGAUGGAAAAGAACAAUGUGAAAAUCGUAUCGGUGUGCUUAUCCACAUUUUUAUUCUAUGAUAAGCCUAAAGUGCCAGCAAUGUUCCAUGGCAUUAACGAUGAUCACGAGCGAAUGUUGCAUUUGCUACAGGCAACUGAAUCUUUGAAUUGGAUUGCUGUGAUGCCACCACACAUUGGCAGCAAUCCGUCAGGCGAUUACAGCAUAGAAAUCGGCUCAUCACCUGGUCGUGCCAUAUCGAAAUAUGAUCUUGGAAAGUUUAUGAUUGAAUGUUUAUCUAAACCCGAAUACUACAAGCAGAGAUGUGGUUUGGCGACCAAAGUACCGGCUCCAUGAAUUAAAAAUUUAACUAAAGCGGUGUGUUAGGAAAUUCAAUUUGUUAUAUAAUGGAAUCAAAGUUUUAAGACCAAAUGGUUAUCUAUAAUUUUACAAUAACUCAAUAUGUAAUGGAAUAGAUGAGGAAAUAUAUUAUAUAAUAUAUUAAAAAAACUGUUGAUGAAAAAUCUGAUAUUUAUAUUAUAAUAUAUUAUUGUUUA